AAAAUGCAGCGUGUUCCCUUCAUUGCUCGGUCGACUUUGCUUCGGCCAUUUUUCUUGCGCACUUAUAAAAUUGGUCCUGUGGACUUUCCAACUAAAAAAGCAAUGUCAUUUGAAAAUAAAUCACAUGCGCAAACAAUGAAAAUAGCUGUCAUUGGCCAAAAUCAAGAUUUGAUUAUUACGACCAUGGCGGAAGCGCAGAAGCUAGCAAGGCGUCGGGGACUGAAUUUGGUACUCUUAGAACAAACUGAUGCAAAUGCUAAAACUGGGCGGUCCUUAUACAAAUUGGUUACCAAUGCGGAAAUGCUUGCCGACGAUUUUCCUUUAGUGACUAACAAAAUGAGUAAAAAGUCUGAAAAGUCAUUAACUAUAAGCACGCGUAUAAGUAACCACGACCUUGAAUCGAGGCUUAAAAAUAUAGCGAGAUGGCUGGAAAAACGACAUGAGGUGUGUAUUCUAAUACAAUCCAGUGGGAAUAGCCUUGGAAACGAUGAAGAUGAGGAGCGCAUUGUUCAAGCCAUAGAACACGUAAUUAAAGAACCCCAAAAUAUUGGUAGAAUCCUCCAAAAACGUACCAAGGGUUCCGCAACAAAAUUUAAUAUAAUUCCGCUCAAAAUGCCUGUCGACACUACAUAAACGCCUCAUCUAGAGCUUAUAUAGUAUGUUAUACAAUCAAAACAUGGCGGGCUACUACACAUCUGAAAUAUUUUUGUACAUGUAUUCUAUGAUUCUUGUUUUAUACAAGCUAUAUUUGAUAUAGACAGCACAGAUCUCAAAAGCGGCUGAAACUACCAAAAGUGGUAUACAUACAUACAUACUAUAUAUCGGGGCAAAGCUGGCCGUUUGGCAAAUAAAAUUCCCCCACCGUGUCGGAUUCGUUA